UGCCAACUCUGCAGGAGACAACUAUUCAAAGUUGUUGCGAAUUUCUCGCGGGGUUUUUAUUUAAUUUAUUUAAAUGGGCGUCAAGGAAUUGUGGGGAGUUUUGACGCCCCAUUGUGAACGUAAACCCAUUAACGAACUGCGAGGAAAGAAAGUGGCCAUUGACCUGGCCGGCUGGGUUUGUGAAUCCCUCAAUGUUGUGGACUACUUUGUGCAUCCAAGGCAUCAUUUAAAGAACCUCUUCUUUCGCACCUGCUAUUUGAUUUGGGAGCAAGUUACUCCGGUCUUUGUUUUGGAAGGAGUUGCUCCGAAACUCAAGAGCCAGGUGAUAGCCAAAAGGAAUGAGAUCCAGUUUCGGGGAGUAAAGCCAAAGAAUUCACCCGAGUGCACCCAAAGUCAGGCGCCCAAGGGCGACAAGGGACGCAGCCGGUUCAACCAUGUCCUCAAACAGUGCGAAACGCUGCUCCUCUCCAUGGGAAUCCAGUGCGUCCAAGGACCUGGCGAGGCGGAGGCCUACUGUGCCUUUCUGAACAAGCAUGGUUUAGUGGACGGCGUCAUUAGCCAGGAUUCGGAUUGCUUUGCUUACGGAGCCAUACGUGUCUAUCGCAACUUCUCCGUUUCCACCCAAGGAGCCCAGGCAGCCGCCGGCGGAGCUGUGGACAUCUACGACAUGCGGGAGAUCACAUCGCGUAUGGACUUUGGGCAACAGAAGAUCAUUGUGAUGGCCCUGCUCUGCGGCUGUGAUUAUUGUCCUGAUGGCAUUGGUGGAAUCGGAAAGGAUGGCGUCCUAAAACUAUUCAACAAGUACAAGGAGACUGAGAUUUUGGAUAGAAUGAGAAGCUGGCGCGGAGAAACCAAUAAAUACAAUGCUCUGGAGAUGCGAGUUGACGACAAAUCCAUUUGCAGCAAUUGUGGACACAUUGGCAAGACCCAGAGCCACACAAAAAGUGGCUGCAGUGUCUGCCGCACCCACAGAGGCUGCGAUGAAAGUCUCUGGAAAGAACAACGAUUAUCCAUUAAGGCCGAGUUGACUUUGCGUCGGAAAGCCUUACUAUCUGCGGACUUUCCCAACGAAGAGAUCAUUGCCGAGUUCCUCAGCGAACCUGACACCAUUCCCAAUCUUAAUCUCAACUGGCGACAACCAAAUCUUGUCAAAUUCAUCAAACAAAUCGGGCAUCUCUUGCAGUGGCCCGAAAUAUACUGUUUCCAAAAAUUCUUCCCCAUACUCACGCGCUGGCAGGUCCAGCAAACGAAGCAGGAGAAGAUACUUAUCCAGCCACUCGAGAUUAUCAAAAAGCGAACUGUGAAAGGAGUGCCCAGCUUGGAGUUGCGUUGGCACGAUCCCAGCGGCAUCUUCAAAGGUCUUAUUCCGGACAAACAGAUUGCGGAGUACGAAACGGAGCAUCCCAAGGGAAUCGAGGAGCUUUACUACACCAUCGAGCCAUUGAACAUGCUGGAGACAGCGUAUCCCGAUUUAGUAGCAGCCUUUUUGAAGUCCAAGGAGAAGCCCGCCAAGAAAACCACGCGAAAGAAGAAAACUGCUCCUGAAGAGGAGGACAAGGAAAACGAACCAACUUCGAAACCAAAACGAGUGGUCAGAAAGAAAAAGGUUCAGCCUGAAGAGAACCAGCCAAUACUUCAGCAAUUCCUAGGGCGCAAGAAAGAAGGCACUCCUGUCAAGGCUCCCGCUCCACCACGUCAGCAGUGCUCCACUCCCAUUACCAAGUUCCUGCCCUCCGAUCUAGAGAGCGAUUGCGAUGCGGAAGAGUUCGAUAUGUCGGACAUAGUCAAAGGCAUCAUAUCGAAUCCGAGUGCCCAGCCAGCACUGACCAAACACGAUGGCCACCAGCUGCAUUACGAGCCCAUGGCCGAGGACUUGAGUUUGCGUCUGGCGCAGAUGAGUAUAGGGAAUGUGGACGAAUCGCCCAAAGUGGAAACGAAAAGAGACCUCUCGCAAGUCGAUCAACUACCGCAGAGUAAGCGCUUCUCCCUGGACGACAGUUUCGAUCUGCUGGUCAAGGGAGAUCUGCAGAAGCUGGCCAGGACGCCAGUAGAGCGGUUCAAGAUGCAGCAUCGCAUCAGCGAGAAGAUUCCAACGCCUGUAAAGCCCAUAGCUAACAUAAGUUACUUCUUUAAUCAAAGUUCCGAUAAUGCGGAUGUGUUCGAAGAGUUUAUGAACUCCAGCUUGGUGCCCCAGGAUCAAGAGGAUGAUGAUGAUCUGGUGGUGAUUAGUGAUUAAACAUUCUUAAAAUUC